CCUCCCCUUCAGAAUUCUUGCCUGUCUUUUCUCCACACUGUGUGUAAUGGUAGAGAGGAGGAUGAACUCCCUUGUAAAAUGGGCGCUCAUACUUUUUGGACUUUUGUCGGUCAUUCUCAACAUCGUCCUCAUAGGCAUCCACUCGGGUAGGAAGCCCAAAUGUUCGGGUCAGCAUGUCCACCAGCUGAAAGGUAGACACGAUGACCGCAGCCUGGUGUUUGCUGAUCUCACUCAGGAGGAGUACUUGCAAGUCCAGCAGUACAUGCUUAAACAGAGGGAGCUGAAUAUCUCCACCAGACAGACCACCAUGCCUUCGGAAAACUUUUUAUUUCUAAUUGAUCUCUCACUACCAAAGAAAUCGGAGGCUGUGGCGUACUUAGACGGGAACGGCAAAAAGCCAGUGAGAGAAGCAACAGUGGUGGUCUUCUAUGGCACGAAGGGCCACAUCAAGGAGUAUGUGGUGGGGCCUCUCCCCAAACCGACAAACCACAGAGAUGUAACGAACGAAAGAUACAAAAUGGAAUUACCUAUCACCAAGCGUCUGGUUACUGUCGGGGAGUACGCUUUAAUGUUUAAAUUUUUUGACACAGAGGUCUUCUCUAAGUUAAAGAAACUCAUGAAAGAGAGUUUUGGUGUGGAUGGUGAAAAACGCUUGAAUGCAUUUGAACAAAUGCCCCGUGGGGUCCAGUCAGGGGACAGAAAGACUUGGGUUUCCUUCUUCAGAGACAUGAGCGGCAUGUACAUUCACCCGGUGGGUUUCGAGGUGCUGCUGAACCACGAGAGCACAAACGCAUCUGAGUGGAAAUUGGAGAAGCUGCUGUACAACGAGGAUUAUUUUGACACGGUGGAAGAGCUUAAGACGCAAUAUGAUAAAGGGAAUGUGAAAAAAAUUGUCUACAAGAAAUCUCCUGACUACGGCUCUCUCAAGCCUAGAAAAAAGCCGCUGCAGAUCCCACCCCAGCAGUUUUAUGCAGAGGGAAAGCGCUACAGUAUUCAGGACAACCACGUCUUGUACCUGGACUGGAGCUUCGCUUUUGGACUUAGUUCUCUCACAGGUAUGAGAGUGUUUGAUGUGAGGUUUGAUGGUGAAAGAAUCGCCUAUGAAAUAAGCGUGCAGGAGGCGAUGUCGGUGUAUGGUUCAGUGACACCAGGGAUGAUUAUUACAAAGUUUUUGGAUUCAAGCAUCGGGAUCGGGCGCUUCGCACAUGAACUUGUUCGUGGUGUCGAUUGUCCUUAUAACGCUGACUAUGUUGACACAUACCGGUACAUCGAUGUCCCGGUUCCAGUCAGGUUCAGGAAUUCCAUAUGCAUCUUUGAGCACAACAUGGGUCAGCCCCUAAGAAGACACUUCUCUGAUUUUUUCCACAACAGUUACGGUGGGAUGGUGAACAGCGCUUUAGUCUUCAGAACAAUAACAGCUAUAGGAAACUAUGACUACAUGUGGGAUUUCAUCUUUUAUCAAAGUGGAUCAGUAGAAGCCAAAGUGCACGCGACUGGCUACAUCUCCUCUUCCUACCUGGUCAACGGUAGUCAGGAGUACGGACACCAAGUGGCAGAACGAGUCCUCGGGAACAUCCACACACACUUCAUCAACUUCAAGGUGGACCUAGAUGUGGCAGGAGUGGAGAAUGUAUUCCAGAUCAAAGACAUGGAGUUUACCAAUGUAUCUUUGCCUUGGAUGCCUGAUCGAUAUGCAAUGGUUCCUCGGUUGGUGGAAAAGCAGCUCCGUACUGAACAGGAGGCCGCCCUGCGUUAUGACACCAAGAUACCUCGCUAUCUUCACAUCGCUAGCAGGAAAACCAAUCGUUGGGGUCAUCAGCGUUCCUACAAACUGCAGGUGUUUAGCUUUGCAGGAGACCACCUACCAGAGAGCCAGACUGAAGAGAGAUCAAUGUCCUGGGCCAGGUAUAAAGUUGCCAUCACCAAGCAUAAGGACUCGGAACAAACCAGCAGUAGUCUUUACAGUCAGAAUGAUGUUUGGACUCCAGCUGUUGACUUCAGCAAGUAUAUUGAAGACAACGAAAGCAUUGAAAAUCAAGACCUUGUUGCCUGGGUGACCACAGGCUUCCUUCAUAUCCCUCAUGCUGAAGACAUACCUAACACUGUGACAGUAGGUAAUGGUGGUGGAGUCAUACUACGACCACAUAACUACUUUGAUGAAGACCCAUCUAUCAGCUCUACAGAUUCUGUUUACUUCAGCCCUGGUGCUGAAGGCAGCUGUGAGAACAACAGGAUGGCAUGCUUGACACACGAGACUUGUACCCCCACCCUGGAGACCUUUACUUACCACGGCUUCGACGGAGUCAUGAAGUUUGAGGACUGGAAAUGAUUUAUGUGUUGCUGAGCAAAAGCUUCACAGUUAUUUUAAUAUGUAAGAAAAGUUUUGCACUAUGUGUUUAACUUAGUGUAACAAAUUGAAUUAAUACACAUUAUAUUGUGGGCCUGCAAAUCCCUCUGUAUUAUGCUGUUUUAUUUACCUAUCAUAAACACAGUUGUUUACAGGUGAAAAACAGUUUUUUACCUUCACUAAAGCUAAAAAAACGGUUUUACCUCUGGUGAACUCUAAUGAUAUACAUGUAAAUACAUACAUAUAUAUAACUCUGGAAAUAAUUAAGAGACCACUACAAAAUGA